AUGCGUGUAUCCAUCGUAAGCUUUCUUGGCCUUCUAGGCGUCUCGUCCCAUGUAGCCGCCGCGUACACACCCCUCAACAUCACAGCCCUCAGCACGCGCAACGGCUACUCCGUCAUCGAAUGCUGGCAAAUCGAGUCCAUCCCAGUCGAGGCGCGCGCAGCCCUGAACUACGCAUUCGGCGGCGACCUGACGCGCGCAGAGUGGUCCAUCAUCCAGCCCAGGACAACGGUCGGCGAAGCUUGGGCGCCGGCUGUGCAGUUAACCGUCAUCGUCAACGGCCUCAUCCGCAUCACCUCGCCUGCGCCAAAGAACGCCUCUCAAGCGAUGCCGCUCCCAGAGUCUGAGGACGCCGCGCAGCCGCCGGAGACGACGGUCGCGUACAUCCAGCCCGGGACGGUGUCCUCGUCGCUGGUGAUCGCGGCGGACAUGAAGAACAUGAGCGUGCACGCGGGGCACUUCACCGAGUUCCCGGGCGACGAGCCGACGGUGCUGGUGCAGAUACCCUGGGCCGGCAACACGGCGCCGGAGCACACCGUGCUGGGGGAGGGGCCGUGUCACAGGGGGUCGUGGACCUUUUGA